AUGUCUGCGACUCCGGUACCGCCUGAGGACCAGGCGCGCCUCUUGGAGGAUGCGCUGGUUGCAGUGCGCCAGCAGACUGCCCUUAUGAGGAAAUGCCUCGACACUCCGGGCAAGCUCAUGGAUGCCCUUAACUCUACCCUGGUUUCCGAAUUGCGCACGAGCAGCCUCGGUCCGAAACAGUACUACGAGCUCUACAUGGCCGUCUUUGACGCCUUGCGCUACCUGUCCGUCCACCUCCGAGAGAACCACCCGGUCAACCACCUCGCCGACCUUUACGAACUUGUCCAAUAUGCCGGCAACAUAAUUCCGCGCUUAUACCUCAUGAUCACCGUCGGCACUGCCUAUAUGUCGAUUCCCGACGCGCCUGUCAAAGAACUCAUGAAGGAUAUGAUGGACAUGAGCAGGGGCGUACAGCACCCGAUCCGCGGAUUGUUCCUGCGAUACUACCUGUCAGGCCAGGCCAGAGACUACUUGCCUACGGGCGACGGUGACGGCCCCGAGGGUAACCUGUCCGACUCCAUCAACUUCAUCCUCACCAACUUUGUCGAAAUGAACAAGCUUUGGGUACGUCUGCAGCACCAGGGCCACUCCCGCGAGCGCGAACAGCGAACGAGAGAAAGAAAGGAGCUGCAGCUUCUGGUCGGAAGCAACAUUGUACGACUUAGCCAGCUGGUGGAUCUGGAGACAUACAAGUCGGGCAUCCUUGCGCCUUUGCUGGAACAAGUUGUACAAUGUCGCGAUGUUCUAGCUCAGGAGUAUCUCUUGGAAGUCAUUACCCAAGUGUUCCCCGACGACUUCCAUCUCCACACGCUGGACCAGUUCCUCGGGGCAGUCUCCCGAUUGAAUCCGCAUGUGAACGUCAAAGCUAUUGUAAUUGGCUUGAUGGAUCGCUUGUCGGAUUACGCAGAGCGCGAGUCCAAGGAUGAAACGGAGGGCGACCGAGCCAAGUUGGAGGAAGAGGCACUGGCAGCCUUGUUGGAAAAGACCAGCUUGAAGAACGACAGCCAAGCAUCGGCGUCCGAGAAGGGCAUCCCGGAGAACGUUCAGCUCUACGAGAUUUUCUUCAGCCAAGUCAAGAACCUUGUCGAGGCGCAGCAUCUCCCUAUCCAGGACACAAUAGCAUUGCUGUGCUCGUUGACAAAUCUGGCACUCAACAUCUACCCCGAACGUUUAGACUUUGUCAACCAGAUCCUCGACUACGCAACCAUCAAACAAAGUCUUUUGGCUCUGCUCCAAGCACCCCUCAACCGCUACCUUUCCAUCUUCACCGCGCUCUCUCUCCCUACCUAUGUUCCCCUCUUCCAAUCCCAGUCGUACCCCACGCGCCGUGCCGUUGCCGGCGAGGUGGCUCGGACUCUUCUCCGGGACCAAACUCGGAUCUCGACCCCUAAUCAACUGGAGAACGUCCUGGAGGUGCUAAAGGUGCUCAUUAAGGAGGGUUCUCAGGCGCCCUCCAACUAUCCUGGAGUUGCGCAGCGCCGUGCUGUCGAGACGGACGAGACGAUGGAGGAACAGGGCUGGCUGGCCAGAAUUGUGCACCUCAUUAAUGGCGAAGAUAAUGAUACACAGUUCCGUCUGCUGCAGAUGACUCGUAAGGCCUACUCGGAAGGCAACGAGAGAAUCCGCACGACAACGCCCCCGCUCAUCACUGCUUGCAUGAAGCUCGCAAGACGCUUCAAGACACGCGAGCACUACGAGGACAACUGGGAGACCCAGAGCAACGCGCUGUUCAAGUUCAUGCACUCUGCCCUGAGCACUCUGUAUACCCGUGUCAACGGCGCCGGCGCGGCCGAACUGGCCUUGCGCCUCUUCUGCGCGUCUGGCCAAACAGCCGACAUGACGGGCUUUGAGGAGGUGGCCUACGAAUUCUUUGCUCAGGCAUUUACCGUCUAUGAAGAGGCGAUUUCGGAUUCGAAGGCACAGUUCCAGGCCGUCUGUGUCAUUGCAACAGCGUUGCACCAGACGAGGAACUUCGGCAAGGAGAACUACGACACGCUCAUCACCAAGUGCGCCCAGCACGGCAGCAAGCUCCUGCGGAAGCCGGACCAGUGCCGCGCUGUCUACCUCGCAAGUCAUCUGUGGUGGGCAACGCCGAUGGCUGUCAACGGAGAGACUGACGAGACUGGCUUGUACCGUGAUGGCAAGAGAGUGCUCGAAUGCCUCCAGAGAGCACUGCGCGUUGCCGACUCUUGCAUGGAGACGGCGACGUCGAUUGAGCUCUUCGUCGAGAUCCUGGACCGAUACGUCUACUACUUUGAUCAACAAAACGCGGCGGUCACGACCAAGUACCUCAACGGUCUCAUCGAGCUUAUCCACUCCAACCUUGCCGGCAAUCAGCAGGACUCGGCCUCGGUUGAGAACAGCAAGCGCCAUUUCUACCACAUUCUUGAAAGCAUCAAAGGCCGGCAGUACGAGGGCGUUGUUCUUUACCCGAAAUGA